CAUGAAUCACUUUUGCUCGUCACCGUACUAACGGUGUCUAUAGUCUCGGUGUUGCCUGACAGAUUCGGCCCAAACGGGUAAACGCUGUCAGAUUGUUGGAGUACUCGUUUAACUAUUUCUCUACAACGUUGGACAUAAGGAAAACAAGAUAAAACUGGAGCUCUUCUGACACAAUUUCCAGUCGGACUUUAAAAAGUUGAUGGCAAUGUGAAACAGUCAAGUAUGUGCACCGUCGAAGCCGAUCUACGUAUUACAACGUUGACUCGAAGCCUUGUGUAGGGUUAGCGUUAUUUUACUCUCAGCAGCAUGACGGGUAAACAUCGCUCAAAACUACAGGUACGGCAGCCCAACACCCGUUCGUUCAUCCUCACUGCCGUUUCCAUAGUGACAUGUCACUUGUUGCAAGUUUGCGGAUACCCAAUGGGCCCACCAAUUGAUUCUUAUCCGGAGAUCUGUUCAGCCAUGACCCCGUACGGUCACCCAGGCUCACCCAGUCAAGGUCCAUCUCCCUAUCGGGUGUCCUUCAACCAGUCGGUUUACACGUCAGGACAGUUUUUGGAGGUUGCCCUUGAAGUAAUCGUACCCAAUGAGAUAGAAGCGGAUUCCUUCAAGGGGUUUCUCCUCACUGUUGCAAACCUGAAAACAAAUGGAGGCCCGCACGGAGAAUUCCUUGACGUUGACGAAGGAACCCAGGCACUGAACUGCACAAACGUAGCACUGGAUGCCUGGGGGCAUAGUAAUAGCUCCUCAAAACAAAUGGUCACUGCACUUUGGAUGCCUCCUGCUGGUGACAAAGGCCCUCUUGUGGCCAGGGCAACCGUCGUUCUUGAAUUCUCAGUCUACUGGGUGGAUAUUAUAUCUGAAGUCAUCACGUACAGACCUCCAACUGAACCUGCAUUCCGCCGCCGCUCUCUCCUUCAGUCCUCUACUGACUUCACGUCAACACAGGCUUCAACUGAUUCAGAGGUACUGUACACAACCACUCAAGCAUAUACUGUGUCCUCUACCGACUAUACAUCAACACAAUUUCCCCCUGAUGAGGAGCCUGUGUACACUACUACUGAAGGAGACACUGUGUCAUCUACAGACUUCACAACAACACAGCCGCCCUCUGAAGAGGACACUGAUGACUGUAAUCCUAACCCUUGCAUGAAUUGA